AUGCCUGGAGAUCGGGCCGCCUCUUGGGCGCGCGAUCGUGAAAAGCUGAAGCUGAUCCUCGAGGUUGGGACUGGCAAUAUUCUGCCAGACGGUUAUAGAAAAAUUCCCCAGUGCGAGCUGAUCAGAUACUUCGACUAUCCCUGCGAAAUCAGCUAUGCCACCACGGACGACGGUUACGUCCUGGAAGUGGACAGGGUGCCGCAUGGACGCCAGGGCAACACAACGGCUGCGGAGGAGCAGAACGGGGCCAGCCGCCACCCCGUGCUGUUUUUGCCAGCGCUCUUUAGCGGCUCGGACGUAUGGUUUCUUAACUACCCAUCGCAGGCCGCUGGAAACUGCUCGACCUCUUCAUGCACCCUUUGCUUCCUAUUCGUCGACGCUGGCUUCGACGUAUGGUCGAUGAACACGAGGGAAGCGGAACGCUACUCUAACCACACGACCCUCUCCAAGAACGACCCUGAAUACUGGAAGUUCAGUUUCGACGAGAUGGGACGCUACGACGUUGCUGCCGGAGUCGAUCACGUGCUCAACGCUACCGGUGCAGAGAGGCUGACGCUCGUCAGCUUGUCGCAGGGCGUCACCAGCAUUCUGGUUUUUCUGUCCACGCGGCCGGAGUACAACGACAAGGUGACCAUGCGUGAGAUGGGCGAGAAAUAG